AUGGCGAGUACGUUAGAUGUAUCAAGAGCAGAGCUGGCUCUGGUGGUGAUGUAUCUGAACAAAGCGGAGUCAAGGGAUAAGCUAUGCAGAGCAAUACAGUAUGGUUCCAAGUUCUUGAGCGGAGGACAAGCUGGUACUGCCCAAAAUGUUGACAAAUCCACCAGCUUAGCCAGGAAAGUCUUCCGUCUCUUCAAGUUUGUUAAUGACUUGCAUGGUCUAAUCAGCCCUGUGCCUAAAGGGACUCCGCUUCCUCUUGUUCUACUUGGAAAGUCAAAGAACGCACUUUUGUCUACAUUCUUGUUCCUGGAUCAAAUUGUCUGGCUUGGGAGAUCAGGAAUAUACAAGAACAAAGAGCGAGCAGAGUUGCUUGGACGUAUAUCGCUUUUCUGCUGGAUGGGAUCAUCUGUCUGUACUACUUUAGUUGAGCUUGGUGAGAUUGGAAGGCUUUCUUCAUCGAUGAAGAAGAUCCAAAAGGGGCUUAAGAAUGGCAACAAGUACCAAGAUGAGGAGUAUCGUGCUAAGCUUAAACAAUCGAACGAGAGGUCUCUUGCUUUGAUCAAAUCAGCCAUGGACAUUGUUGUAGCAGCUGGUCUUCUUCAGUUAGUUCCAGAGAAGAUCACUCCUCGUGUCACCGGAGCUUUUGGAUUCAUCACUUCCCUCAUCUCAUGUUACCAGCUGCUUCCGACACGCCCCAAGAUCAAAGCACCCUGA